GCGAGAGUCGUUUCCUGUUGUCAGUGGCGGAGAGGCCGCAGCGUCGGGUCGGAAGCUGAGAGGCUGCUGCGGCCAGGAGUGCUCCUCGCCACCUCCCCGCUCCCUCUGCCAGGUGCAGGAUCGGAUUCAGGCUGUAGAGACCGAGGCUGUCACGGAUGGCGGGGAAGUCUCCAAGAAGAGGAGGUUGCUGUUUACUGGUGAAUGGAGUAUUUCGAAAGCGGUGAAGCCAGGUCAUCCAUUUCUUCUUUUAAUGUGUCAUGUGAUUCUCCGAGGGAGCUGCUGUGUGAGUGGAAAUGCUCUCAGUGGUGGAGAAUGGACUGGAUCCCCGGGCUGCCAUCCCGGUGAUCAAGAAGAAGCUGGUGGGAUCGGUGAAGGCGCUGCAGAAGCAGUACGUGUCCUCAGACACGGCAGUCACUAGCGAAGACGGAGAUGCCAAUGCCAUGUGCAGCGCCCUGGAGGCCGUAUUUAUCCACGGCCUGCACGCCAAGCACAUCCGAGUCGAGGCCGGAGGGAAAAGGAAGAAAAGCGCCCACCAGAAGCCUCUUCCUCAGCCCGUCUUCUGGCCCCUCCUGAAAGCUGUCACUCACAAACACAUCAUCUCGGAGCUGGAGCACCUGAUCUUUGUGAGCACAGACGUGGGCCGCUGCCGGGCCUGGCUGCGACUGGCCCUCAAUGACGGCCUGAUGGAGUGCUACCUGAAGCUGCUCCUCCAGGAGCCGGCCCACCUGUGCGAGUACUACCAGCCCACAGCGCUGCUUCGAGACGCCGAGGAGGGGGAGUUCCUCCUCAGCUUCCUGCAGGGACUGACAUCCUUGUCCUUCGAGCUCUCCUACAAGUCUGCCAUCCUAAACGAGUGGACGCUUACCCCGCUGGCUCUCUCUGGGCUUUGUCCGCUCUCUGAUCUUGACCCCCUCACUACCUCUGGGACAGAACUACAGCGGAAAGAGUCUCUGGAUUCAAUUUCCCAUUCCUCAGGCUCGGAGGACAUCGAAGUCCAGCACUCAGGACACAAGAUCCGACGGAACAGGAAGCUCACAGCCUCCUCUCUCAGCCUGGACACGGCCAGUUCGUCCCAGCUGUCUUGCAGCCUAAACUCUGAUAGCUGCCUACUCCAAGAGAACGGCUCCAAGAGUCCAGAACGUUCUGAGGAGCCUAUGUCCUACGACUCAGACGUGGGGACAGCAAAUGCUGAGGAUUCAGACCUGUCUCUUCAAGAGGUGCUGUCGGAAUUCAGCAAAGCCCAGGUGAACUCUGUGCCAACCAACGGACUGGGCGGACUCGGUGGAGAAGCAGAGAUUCCCACUGGGCGGGCCUCACUCUCCUUCCCUGGCCCGGAGGCCAGCAUCCCGUCUGAUGGGCCCGCAGAGCCCCUCCCGGCGCAGGCGUCCCCUAUGGCUUUGGAUGGGCAUCACAAGCAGCAGCCCCCUGCCUGCGCCUCUGGCGCCCUGGGCCUGCCGCUGUUGGGCACUGCCCAAGCUGUCCCUCUGGGAAGUGCUUUGGGCCAGCAGCCUGGCAGUCCCAUGAGAGUGCCGGCCCAAGCGCUGGCCCAGGGGAGUGGCCAGCAGAAGCCCCCGGAGGAUGACGGAGCUGCGUGGAGCCUUGGGGUGUCCUCACCCACCAGUCCGAAAAGCAAGAGCUGGAUCUCCGAGGAUGACUUCUACCGGCCUCCCCAGGAGCCACCCCCAGAGAGCCCCUCAGAACGCUCCGUGGCUUCUUCUGGAGGGACACCAGAGUCGAGGCCCAGUCUCCUCCGGCAUUUUUCUCAAGGACCAAGAAAAAGCUUCUCCACGGGGGCCUUAGACAAAGCAUGCGUGCCUUCCCCGGGCAGCAGGAAGAGCAGGACAGCCGUGGCACAGGAGCAUAAGAACUUCCGGGUGGUGCACCGCCGGCAGAUGGGACUGUCCAACCCGUUCCGGGGUCUCAUGAAGCUGGGCACCGUGGAGCGGCGGGGGGCCAUGGGCAUUUGGAAGGAGCUCUUCUGCGAGCUCUCCCCCCUGGAGUUCCGCCUCUACCUGAACACCGAGGAGCGCGUCUGCGUGGAGACAUGCUCACUGCUGCGCUGCGAGUCUGUGGGGCCGGCGCACAGCGAUGGCCGAUUCGAGCUGGUCUUCUCCGGCAGGAAGCUGGCCCUGCGGGCAUCCUCCCAGGAUGAGGCCGAGGACUGGCUGGACCGUGUGCGGGAGGCCCUGCAGAAGUGCCGGCCACAGCAGGAGGAUGAGUGGGUGAAUAUCCAGUACCCCGAGCCACCUGAGGACCCCCCGGGUGCCCCCCAGGGCGGCCUCCCCUCCCACCCAGACCUGCUCCCUGAGCCUGAAACCCUCCAGGCCACACAGUUCUGUUGGUCCUCUGCCCAAGAUCCUGAGCCAGAUGCUAUCAAAGAAUCCCUUCUAUACCUGUACACGGAUAGGACCUGGAUGCCCUAUAUUUUUUCCCUCUCCUUGGAGUCUCUGAAAUGCUUCCGAGUGAGAAACAACGAGAAGAUGUUAAGUGACAGCCAUGGAAUUGAGACCAUCCGAGACAUCUUGCCAGACACGAGUCUUGGGGGCCCCUCCUUCUUCAAAAUCAUCACGGCCAAAGCCGUCCUGAAGCUGCAGGCCGGGAGCGCCGAGGAGGCCGCCCUGUGGAGGGAUCUGGUGCGCAAGGUCCUGGCGUCCUACCUGGAGACGGCUGAGGAGGCCGUGACCCUGGGUGGGAGUCUGGACGAAAACUGUCAGGAGGUGCUGAAGUUCGCCACGCGGGAAAACGGCUUCCUCCUGCAGUACCUCGUGGCCAUUCCCACGGAGAAAGGCCUGGACUCCCAGGGCUGCUUCUGCGCAGGCUGCUCCCGACAGAUUGGCUUCUCAUUCGUACGACCCAAGCUUUGUGCCUUCUCUGGCCUCUAUUACUGUGACAUCUGCCACCAAGACGAUGCCUCGGUGAUUCCGGCCAGGAUCAUCCACAACUGGGACCUCACCAAGCGCCCGAUCUGCCGGCAGGCCCUGCGGUUCCUGACGCAGAUCCGGGCCCAGCCCCUCAUCAACCUGCAGCUGGUGAACGCCUCGCUGUACGAGCACGUGGAGCAGAUGCGCCUCGUCCGGAGCUGCCGGGAGCAGCUGAAGCUGCUGGGGGAUUACCUGGGCCUGUGCCGAAGCGGGGCCCUGAAGGAGCUAAGCAAGAGGCUCAACCACAGGAAUUACCUCUUGGAGUCGCCCCACAAGUACAGUGUCGCUGACCUCCAGCAGAUCGCAGAUGGGGUGUACACAGGCUUCCUCAACGCCCUCAUCGGAUUCGCCUCCCAGCACGUCUACCACUGCGACCUGUGCACCCAGCGUGGCUUCAUCUGCCAGAUCUGCCACCACCACGACAUCAUCUUUCCCUUCGAGUUUGACACCACGGUCAGGUAUGCGGGACACACGGCCAGCUGCCCACCCCUGCCCACAGCCAGCCCUGGCAUUCCAGCGGGGCAGGAACACAGAACAUGGAGCCGCAGGCUGGGGAGGUCGUCUAGAGCAGCUGAUGCCCAGGCCAGUCACGGCCAACUUUGGGCCAGCUUGGGGGACGAAAGAGCCUUCCGAGGACCCCUCCCUAGACCAAGGAAACUAUCUGUCUCCCUCGAGAAGAGGUAGCUUGCUGAGUCUUUGAGUGGGGGCCUCAGUUUUGUCAUCUACAAAUGGGUUGAGAAGGGACUGAAUGAGCCACUGCCCCAGAGGGUGGGCACAGGCCACACAAAGUGGGCACCCAGGAGGGGCCCCCACCUGGUUCCCUCCUGCAGUGAUGGUGGUUCUUAUCCGAUUAGCACUCAUUAUCAGGAGCCCCUAAAUGGAAAAAUUCAGCCGCCAAACCUCCAUUCCAGCCCAGGUGGGAGUGGAAAACUGAGCAGGCGGGAGCAUUCGUUCGUUUUCAGUAGGUGUCUCAUGGCCUAGAUUCAGCCCCUGGGCUCCGCUUUUCAAACGGCGGGGUGAUGUUCUCAGCACAGGCAAGGAUCAUGUCACGAGUCCCCAGCAGCAUCGGUAGGAAGUGCAGCAGAAGGGAGCGUGCCUGUGGCGGGGCGCAGGGUCGGCGCCCCAAGGUUUUGUUCAGAGGUGGGGAGGCAGCACACGGGCCUUGGGUUGUGGGUGGCACUGCCCCUCCCCCCCGGCUCCCGUCAGAACACUGGCUACUGUCCCCCAGGUGCAGUGAGUGCAAGACCGUCUUCCACCAGAGCUGCGAGGCCGUGGUGAGGAAGGGCUGCCCGCGCUGUGCCCGCAGGCGCAAGUACCAGGAGCAGAACGCACUCACCUAAGCCAGCGUGCUGUCUCCAUCCGGGUCCACCGGGCGGGGACACCCCGCUCAGCUUGGCCCUCCCAGCUGGGUUUGGCAUCAGCCUGGAUCCCCUCAAGGUGUCAUGGCUGUCUCCCCUGUCAGGAAGACUCAGAUGUGACCAGAGCACGAGCCUACCCGAUGAGGCCCUCGAUGAUGUCCCCCAGUCCCUCUCCCGCCCGUCUGCUCCAAGAGGUGGGGACACCAUCAGGGGAAGCGGGAAAGGGAGCUUUGCACUAAUCAGGCCCCCAGCUCGCCUCACAGAUGCGACACCUCCCGGAGGGCUGUUCAAACACUGUGGACAUGAGACUUGGGCACAUUCUCGAUUCCACAUUCCUGAUUAAAAGGUCUAGUUUUUUAAGACAGGUUUUUUUUUUUCCCCUUCAUAUUUCAACAGAAAAUAUUUUUUUAUUCUUGACCCUACACAAGUCACCCAAGAAAUCCAGGCAUUCUCAUGUGGAGCAAACAUGUGGGACCAUUUGCCCCACGGGGAGGCCACCAGGGGGCCUGAGCCUGUCAGCCAGACCGGGCCCUCGCUGCCCACAGCUCAAGUACGUGCCAAACUGCCCGGGAGCUGGCGGGAUUGGUCCUGGUGACCGCCUUCUUCCUCUGCCUCGCCUCUCUUCACCCUGCCCUGUCCUCCUCCCCUGAAAACCCCAUCACCUUUUUCCGGGUCAGAGCCCCCUGGCUCCCCUAUAGCCUGGGAUCUCGGUCCCGGUGGGAGAAGGGAGUGACUCGGAACGAGCACUGUCAGCACUUUGCGCCUUCCUUGGUCCAGGCCAGGGUCAUCUUCCCUCCCCCUCAGCCCCUUGCCUACCGCCGACAUCCAGCCCGAUGGCUGCUAGAGACCUGCUGUCAGGGGGAACCCCCUCCCCCAGAGAGGGCAGUGACCCCGGGCCAGGGCCGGCCUCGGGCAUCAUAACUGCCAGGCUCCGCACUGUGCAGUGGUGACCCCCCCACCCUGUCCUUCCACGAAGAGUGCCAGGCCUGCUGCAGAGAUGGACGGGGACACAUGGGAGCGGCCCCCUUGUGGAAGGAGGCCCAGCCUCAGUUUACAAAGCCAUGGCUUCCCAAAGCCUCGCUGGACUGGCCCAGGAGGGGCGCUGCCAGUACUGGAAAAGGUCACAGGAGGGUGAUUGCCUUUUCAAGGGGUCUUGGGGUAGAGUGGGAGCCUUGAAUUGCUUUCAAAAUGACACUGAAACCCUGUGAUUCGGGGCGAUCUCUCUGCUGCCUUCUCCCAUCUCCUCUGGACCCACAGCCCCCCACCUCCCACCGGGGUGCUCUGGCCAUCCUGUCUGCCCUCGGCUUGGAUGGGGGCCUCCGGUGGAGGUUGCCCGUCACUUUUAAGAGAUGAAUCUACUCCCACCUCUCCCUUGGGGUGAUUCGGCUGCUGAGUCACCUGCCCAGCCCUGUGGAGCGGGGUAACUUGUGCAAUAGAACAGAGGAGGUGGUGGGCAGCAGGGGAGGGGAGGGCUGCCACACAGCUUCUCUGUCCCUGUCACGGAAGAUGGUGUACGCCGAUGCCCAGCGCACCAAAGCCUUCUAAAUGGGAAAGUGGGUCCUUAUCUCUGUCCCGCACCCCCACAGCCAGCAUUAAUGCUCCCCCGCAAACCCAGCCCGAGAAGAGCCACAGGUGCCCCAGUCCCCAGGUGGACAGAGGCUGGCCAGCGACAGACGGUGCGGCUGGGGGCCACCCUGGAGGGCUCACUGGGGUUGGGUGGACAGGCUGUCUCCUGUCCACAGCCACCUCCCGGGGACUAGUAGCAUUAGGACGGCCCCCCUGCCCAGGAAAAGCUGCUGAUGCUUCCAGAUAAGUUGGCUUUUACCCUCUCACCCUCCAUGGAAAGCUGACGUGAACCUCAUUGGUGCCCACACUAUUUUUAAAAUGCCAUUUUAUGCAAUAAACUGUUUCUAGUGAGGGGUGCUGGCCCUGAACAGUGCUUUGCAAUGUGUGGAAGGAGCUGCUGCAGUGUGAUUUUUGAAUGAUUUUGCAGUAAACCUGAUUUUUCUCA